CGCACCUGAGAGUAGUACAUGGGCUGCCAAAAGUUCACCUCUCAUUAAGUGUAUCCCUAUCUAUGCGCGCGCGCGCCCUUAAUUCCCGUCUGUGCAGUGCGCGUGCAGACGCAGGGGUGCGAGUCAUCAAGUUUCCUUACUGUGAUACUGCUCUCGCGUGAGCUGAAGUUCCCCUGACUGCAGGUGUCCAGCGGAGCGCAGAGGAGCCAGGAGAGAAAUAUUGGCAGCUUCAUCGAUAGCUUCUAAUGCAAUGAUGGAUCGAUGGAGCACCGUGCGCGAGACGUGGGUUCUGUGGCUGCUCGUGACGGUGUUUUACACCUCAUAUGCAGCCAAUCCUAUUGAUGUCCUGAAGGUUCUGGAGCUGUCAGAGGAUAUGGAGGGCGUGUCGCUGGAGUCAGGACUGUGCACCAGCAGGGAGGGACGCGAGGAGACAGACCUCUCCUAUAAGAUCGACAAGAAGAUUCAACUUAGCGCGCCCUCAAAACAACUCUUCCCUGAUUCAUCGUUCCCUAUGAAUUUCUCCGUGAUGGCGACAGUGAGAGCUGUUAAAGGCUCGCAGGCCUUCCUCCUCUCUAUUUAUGACUCGCAGGGCACGCAGCAACUAGGUGUGGAGAUCGGUCGUUCUCCUGUCUUCCUCUAUGAGGACCAUGAGGGUCAGCCCCCACCUGAACUCUACCCCACCUUUAGAAAGAUCAAUCUGGCUGAUGGCAAGUGGCACAGAGUCGCCUACAGUGUGGAGGGUCAGUCUGUGACUCUGUACCUGGACUGUGUCAAACUGGACACCUUGGAGCUGCUCAGAGGUUUUGACCCACAUGUCAGCAUCGAGGGAGUGACAGUGUUUGGGACAAGACUGCUUGAUGAAGGCGUGUUUGAGGGAGACAUCCAGCAGCUGCUGAUUGUUGAAGACCCAAGGGCAGCAGAGACCUACUGUCAGGACUACAUCCCAGACUGUGACGCACCUUUGCCCUACAACACCAUAUUAGCAGAGGCUGAGGAGGUGGAGAGAGUCCCAAAGAAACACGUAUUCGAAGAGUUCGAGGAGUUUGACUACAGUGACCUCUAUGAUGAGCUCUCUGUUUCUACGGUGACCUCAGGCCCUAACGUCACAGAGUAUGAGAUCAUUGAGUAUGAAGACUACGACAACACAACAGAAUACUACCAUGUUAAUGAGUAUGAAUAUGAAGAAGAAGAUGACGAUCGCUACGGACCGGCCGAGAGAGAACGGGAGAUGUCUCUUAACACGCAGGAUUUACCAGAGAAAGGAGAAAAAGGAGCGCCUGGCCAGCUGGGAGCGGGAACACAGAUUACCGGACCUUACGGGCCUCCAGGACCUGAGGGGGAGCCAGGGCCUCCAGGAAUCACAGGACCUGUAGGACCUCGAGGAGACCCCGGGGAGCUGGGCCCUCCAGGGCGGCCAGGCAUUAACGGGGCUGAUGGGAUACCAGGACCCCCAGGAAACAUAAUGCUCAUACCGUUCCAGUCAGGUGGCGAUCCAAAGAUGGGUACUGUCGUGUCUGCACAGGAGGCGCAGGCUCAGGCCAUCCUGCAGCAAACCAAGCUCGCUAUGAAGGGACCUCCAGGGCCGCUCGGCCUCAGGGGAAGACCUGGACCACUAGGUGUACCAGGUCCCUCUGGGCUGAAGGGGUCCAGUGGAGAUUUGGGGCCAGCGGGUCCUACAGGGCUGACUGGUAUCCCAGGUCAGAACGGACGCAUCGGGAAAAGAGGUCGUGCGGGUACAGACGGGGGUCGCGGUGCAAUUGGAGAGACUGGAGCAAAGGGGGAUAGAGGCUUUGAUGGCUUGCCAGGACUUCCUGGAAAUAAAGGACAUAAAGGAGACAGGGGGAAGCCUGGUCCUCUGGGUCCUUCUGGAGAGCCAGGAGAGAAGGGUUCUGAGGGGCCGUCCGGACCAAGAGGACAACCAGGUGAUGCUGGUUCCAGAGGUCUGAAUGGUCCAAGAGGACGUCCUGGUCCCGCUGGCCAGAUUGGUAUUCGAGGAAUUGAUGGUGUUCAAGGUUCAAAGGGCAACAUAGGAUCUUCCGGAGAAGUCGGAGCCCCUGGACAGCAAGGAAACCCUGGGAUUGUGGGAUUUCCUGGUCCUCAGGGGUUAGUAGGGCUUCCAGGAGAAAAGGGGCCUCAAGGGAAGAAAGGGAUGCAGGGUUUACCUGGAAACGAUGGGCCCCCAGGUCAUCCUGGAAGAGAAGGUACUCCAGGUGAAAAAGGACUGCCGGGUCCCAUCGGAGUGCAGGGUCCUGUUGGAUACCCAGGACAACGAGGAGUUAAGGGAGCGGAUGGAAUCAGAGGAUUAAAGGGAAGCAAAGGCGAAAAGGGAGAGGACGGGUUCCCCGGGGCCAAAGGUGAGAUGGGAGGAAAGGGAGACAAUGGAGACAACGGAGCUACAGGUGGCCGAGGAGAAGAUGGACCUGAGGGGCCAAAAGGUCAGACGGGUCCUCUGGGAGAAGCUGGUUCUUCUGGUAUCGCUGGAGAGAAGGGGAAACUCGGAGUUCCUGGGCUACCAGGAUAUCCAGGGCGACAGGGGCCAAAGGGUUCUGAUGGAUUUCCAGGUUUACUGGGAGCUGCAGGGGAAAAAGGGAAGAAAGGUCCUGCAGGACAACCAGGAGGCGCAGGCCAGAGGGGUCCAAAUGGUGCACGAGGUGCCAGGGGAGCAAAAGGGCCUACAGGGAAGUCAGGAGAAAAGGGUGCCUCGGGACAUGAUGGGCCCCCAGGAUCUCCAGGAGACAGAGGACCUUCAGGGCCGCAAGGAAGGAAUGGAGAGUCGGGACCUAAAGGAGGAAAUGGUCCUGCUGGGAAAGACGGACUUCCAGGUCACCCAGGUCAAAGAGGAGAGCCGGGAUUCCAAGGGAAGACGGGGCCUCCAGGACCCUCAGGUGUUGUGGGGCCUCAGGGUAAAUCAGGUGAACCGGGUCCAACAGGUGACAGAGGACACCCGGGGGCACCAGGUGUUCCAGGAGAGCAUGGUUUACCUGGGGCUGCUGGGAAAGAAGGAGGAAAGGGUGAUCCGGGUUUACCGGGGACAUCAGGGAAAAAUGGUCCUACAGGACUGAAGGGGUUCAGAGGAAGCAGAGGAGCUCCUGGAGUUAUGGGACCUCCUGGCCUGAAAGGAGGAUCAGGACCUAAUGGAUCCCCAGGAGCUUUAGGGGCGUCAGGUGAGAGGGGACCUCCAGGGUCAGCGGGUGCCAUCGGACAGCCUGGUCGAGCCGGAUCAAUUGGAGGACCUGGACCAAUGGGAGAGAAGGGCGAGCCUGGAGAGAAGGGACCGAUCGGUCCAGCAGGUCAGGAUGGAGAUCAGGGACCUGUUGGGUUGCCUGGGGCAACAGGCUCUGCAGGACAUCCAGGAGACGAUGGGGAUAAGGGAGAGCAGGGAGAGUCUGGCCAGAAAGGCAGCAAAGGAGACAAAGGAGAAUCAGGUCCUUCUGGACCUACAGGCACUCAGGGGGUAGUCGGCCAGCCAGGACUUCCAGGCAUAGAUGGUCUAGUGGGCCCCCGGGGCCAGCAGGGCAUGUAUGGGCCGAAAGGAGAUGAGGGACUCCGUGGAUUCAAGGGCUCCAAAGGACCAAUAGGAUUACAGGGCAUGCCCGGCCUCCCAGGAGAGAAGGGUGAGAGUGGACACGUGGGACUGAUGGGUCCACCUGGGCAACAAGGCCCUAAUGGUCCUCAAGGACCCGUGGGGGGACAGGGUCCCAACGGUCGUCCUGGGAUGAUAGGAACGGGUGGUGGUAAUGGAGAGAAGGGGGAGGAUGGAGAGGCAGGGGACCCCGGCUCAGUCGGUGUUCCAGGAAGGCUGGGAGAAAAAGGAGACCAGGGAGAGAAAGGAGAUACGGGCCCUUCAGGAGCAGCUGGUCCUCCAGGAGCAAGAGGCUCUACAGGAGAGGAUGGAGCCAAGGGCAACGCUGGUCCUAUAGGUCUCACCGGGGACCUCGGUCAGCAGGGAGAGGCUGGACCCAACGGUGUAGAUGGCCUGUCCGGGUCUAAAGGAGACACAGGAGACCCUGGAAAAUCUGGACCCCCAGGAGCAGGCGAACCUGGGCCAUCUGGACCUCCUGGGAGAAGGGGCCACUUGGGGAAACCAGGAAAAGAAGGAAAGGCAGGCCUGAAAGGAGCAAAGGGUGCCCGCGGUUUGGAGGGUCCCAUAGGGAAGACAGGACCUGUAGGUGCACAGGGACACUCAGGAAACUUUGGACCUAAAGGUUUAAGAGGGAUCCCUGGGCCUGCAGGAGAACAAGGUUUAAAUGGACCCCCAGGCCAGACAGGACCCCCAGGUCCCAUGGGGCCACCUGGAUUACCAGGACUGAAGGGAGACCACGGCAAGAAGGGGGACAAAGGUCAUGGUGGUCUUAUAGGUCUGAUCGGGCCACCAGGAGACAUUGGAGAGAAGGGGGACAGAGGACUGCCAGGGAACCAGGGACUGCCGGGUCCUAAGGGAGAUGAGGGUCCAGUUGGUCCACUAGGUUUUCAUGGUCCUCCUGGCCCCACUGGUCUGUCUGGUGCCAUCGGUUCAAAGGGUUCUAAAGGAAACCAGGGCCCUAUUGGUCCUCGAGGAGACACUGGGCCUGCUGGACCCCCAGGACAACCAGGAUUGCCAGCAGUCGGGAUGUCCCCUCUGCCAGAGCGAGGACGCAGGAGGAGAACGGACAGUGUGCUGGACGGUGCUGCACUUGAGGAAGAAGAGGAGCAGGUGGAGGAUUGGAUGAAGGAGAAGGAUAGCAAAGGCAUGGAGGAGGUGUUUGCGUCUCUGUCCUCUAUGAAAGUUGAGGUGGAGGGUCUGCGUAUCCCCAUGGGGACGUUCCACAGCCCAGCCCGCACCUGCAAGGAGCUCUGGCUCCUCAACCCAGAGCUCCCUAACGGUGAGUACUGGAUAGAUCCAAACCAGGGUUGCCAUAGAGACUCCUUCAAGGUGUUCUGUAACUUUACUGCGCAGGGAGAGACGUGUCUGUACCCCGACAAGAAGUUCCAGUCUGUCAAGUUAGCAGCCUGGAAAGGGGAAAAGCCUGGCUCCUGGUAUGGUACAUUCAGGAAAGGAAAACAGUUUUCAUACUCAGGGUCUGAUGGUGUUCCAGUCCACGUGGUCCAGUUGACCUUCUUGCAGCUACUGAGCGCAACAGCCAAGCAAACCUUCACCUACCACUGCCUGAACUCUGCUGCCUGGCUGCAUGCUGCCACCUACAGCCACGAACAUGCAGUGCACUUCAGAGGCAGCAAUGGGGAGGAGCUGACACACGAGAACACACAUUACAUCAGUGCACUCUACGAUGGGUGUCAGACACGCUCAGGGCAAGAGAGGACAGUGUUGGAAUUUGAUGCGCCACUGUCCAACACGCUCCCCAUCAUCGACAUCUCCGUGCCUGAUUUUGGGAAGGGAAACCAGAAGUUUGGUUUCCAAGUUGGCCCGGUCUGCUACAACGGUUAACAAAUCCGAGGGUGGGGCUUAAAAAGGGAAUUAUUUAAUAGGAAAAAAAGAGCCAUGGACACUUUUUAUAUGCAGGGAGAAAACUACAUUCAAGACUUUACCUGGACAAAAUAUUUAUAAGUUGAUUUACCUACAACAGUGUUCUGUCAUUUCAAUUUAAUUGUUUUAUACAGAUGUUCAUUCACUCAUUAAUUCUUCUUAGCCUUCUUUUUGAUCUCAUCCAUUUUCACAGCUUUCUCAUUAACAUUGCAUUGACUGUCAGCUGCAUCAUUAGUUUAUUUGAGUCAUUCCUCUUUGAAGGAGUGAUUGGUGCUCCCACUGUUUCAACUAUUUCUUUUAACCAUGUAUUGAUCUAUGCACUCAUUCCUCAUCUAUACACACGCCUAUGAAUAUUAUGAUCAGUGAAUCCUCUUUAAAAAUACAGAAACAUCACAUUUCAGGCACAUUCACUCACCAUGUAGUUACAUGUUAUUAUCAAACCUCAACUUGUUGUGUUUAUUCUUGUUUGUUGUUGUAAUUUUGUUGUUAUUAUUAACUGUAAUGUGAUGUAUAUUGGAGUGUAAUUCAUCACGGUGCUGUUAUGUAGCUCCUUACAGGAGUACAUUAUUUUGUAAAAGGGAACUGGGGCAGUGCAUUUUUUUUAUAUUGUGAAUCCAUGUUAUAUAUUUCUUAAACAUUUCAAACCAAACUGUGGUACAUGACUGCCUCAAUGUCUGUCUAUGCUUAGUUU